CUUCGGAUGGUGAUGUUCGGGAAGCCGGGGGCUGGGAAGGGGACGUUGUCGGCGAGGCUGGUGAAGAAGUAUGACAUCCUGUCCUUGUCCACGGGGGACAUACUUCGGCAGCACAUUGCGGAGGGCACGGAGGUUGGAAAACUGGCGGAAGAAAUUGUCGCGCGGGGCGCGUUCCUCCCGGACGAGCUCAUGCUGCAAGUCCUGACCACUAAGCUAGAUCUCCUGCAUAACAAACACUGGAUCCUUGACGGCUUCCCCCGUACACUGCGCCAAGGCGAAUUGCUUGAUGCUCACUUACAGAACCAAAAGACUCCUCUCAGCCUCGUAGUCAACAUCGACGUGCCCGACUCUGUCAUCCUGAGUCGUAUCUCAGAACGUUGGGUUCACUUGCCGUCGGGACGAGUGUACAAUAUGUCCUAUAACCGGCCCAAGGUGGAUGGCCAUGACGACAUCACGGGAGAGCCUUUGACGAAACGGCCAGACGAUAACCCGGAGGUCUUUGCCCGCCGACUGGAGACGUUCUAUGCCUCAACGUCGCCUUUGCUACAAUACUACGAGAUGAAUAGCCGGGCAAAGAUGGUGACACUGCAGGGGACGACAUCGGAUGAGAUUUGGCCUCAGCUCGAAGGGGUUGUGCGGUCGUUAUUCCCCACUUUGAAGGAGCGCGUGGAGUCCAGGGAGGAGCGGCGG